AAUCUCAAGAGAGGCCCAUUUUGAUCCUCUCCCUCUCUCUCUCUCUUUCUCUUUUUUGUCUCCUCUCUAGAUUUCUCUCGUGUGAUAAUAAUAUCACAAAAUCAGGAAUGGUUCGUGCGUCAGAACAAGAACAAGAAAGCUAUAGGAGCAGGCUCUUCAAUUUCAAAUGGAGGAACAACGAAAACAACAAUGCAGCGAGACACGCCAAAAGUCUCAGCGUCGAGACGGGUCUAGACGAGGCUGCCACCGGGUCCAACGAGCCCGAACCGUUGACCAUUAUUCAUCCUAGUCAGGGCCCGCCACUUUUAAGAUCGGCUGCGGAUGAAGCAGCGCUUGCCGCUGCACUAGCUAGAGAAAAACAACUUUUGGCAGACAUGGAGCAGAUGAAAGAACGUUUCUCCAAGCUGUUGCUGGGAGAGGACAAUUCAGGCGGGGGCAAAGGAGUAUCCUCUGCUCUUGCCCUCUCAAACGCAAUCACAAACCUUGCAGCUUCCGUGUUCGGAGAGCAAAGACGUUUGGAGCCAAUGCCUGCAGAGAGAAGAGCAAGAUGGAGAAAAGAGAUUGAUUGGCUUCUCUCCGUGACUGACUACGUGGUUGAGUUUGCUCCAUCUCAACAAAAAAAUAAAGAUGGGACCAAUAUGGAGAUUAUGACCACACGCCAACGUACAGACCUCCACAUGAAUAUCCCCGCAUUGAAGAAAUUGGACGCCAUGCUUAUCGAUUGUCUAGAAAACUUCAAGGACCAAAACGAGUUCGUCUAUGUUUCAAAAGACUCCCCUGGCUCAGAUUGUAAGAGAAACGACGACAAAUGGUGGAUUCCGACUGUAAAAGUUCCACCAGAUGGCCUAUCCGAAGCUUCUAGGCGGUUCUUGCAGUACCAGAAAGAUUGUGUAAACCAGGUUCUAAAAGCAGCCAUGGCCAUAAACGCUCAGGUUUUGUUUGAGAUGGAGAUACCUGAGAGCUACAUCGACUCUCUGCCAAAGAAUGGGAGGGCGAGUCUCGGAGAUCAGAUGUACAAGAAUAUAACGGUGGACUUCUUUGACCCGGACCAGUUCCUGAACAGCAUGGACAUGUCCUCGGAGCACAAGAUCGUCGACCUCAAAAAUAGAAUCGAGGCAUCAAUCGUAAUAUGGAAACGCAAAAUGGUUUACAAAGAUAGCAAAUCAUCGGCACCAUGGGCCUCCGGAGUCAGUCUGGAGAAGCGAGAGGUGUUCGAAGAGCGAGCUGAGACUAUUUUGCUCAUACUCAAGCAAAGGUACCCUGGGAUUUCUCAGUCUGCACUCGACAUCAGCAAAAUCCAGUUCAACAUGGACAUGGGCCAAGCGGUGCUGGAGAGCUACUCGAGAAUACUGGAGAGUUUGGCGUACACAGUACUAUCUAGAAUCGAUGAUGUUUUGGAGGCAGACCGCGCGGGGAACAAGAGGAGCACACCGAUGGAAUCAGAGGACGAGACGCUGGUCGGGAGCAUGACGCUGUCGGAUUUCAUGGGGUGGGACUUCGAUCAGGGGAACAGUGUCGGUGGCGACUUAGAGUCUAAAAAAGAUACAUCAGAUGAUCAGUUGGUGAAGGAGAAGCUAAGCGUAGUGACGACCAAGAAGACCUCAUACCUCGAAACCUUAGGCGGCGUCAAGAGUCCGACGGCGCGACAUUGAUAAAUUAUGGGGACAUCUUGGAAGAAAACCAAAAAUUAGGAGGGCAAAAGAGCUAUUAUGUUAUUUUUAGGAUUCAAAACUUUGGAAGGGCUUUGUAAUUCCUUUAUUGUAAAAAAACACACAUUGGGCUUUAUAAGAUUAGGCCCAUUUUAUUGUAAACCCAUUUUAACGAACCCAUAUG